AUGCAACAACAACAUAUCCAGGCCCUCCUAGUUAAUGUGGAAGAGCUGACUCGCCAAAAUAAAGAACUGCAAAAGACAAUGGAAUCCUUAAAUGUAGAACGCCAGCGAACAGGUGAAAACCAAAAUGAGGAGGAAUCAAACUCUCAAACCAACAUACGAGACAAGACCUCAGGAGAGGACUCCUCCAGAAUGGAGAAUGAGCUUCGCAACAUAAGGAAGGAGAUGGACGAGAUAAAAAGUUCCAUGAAAGACAAAGGCGGGGAGAAUUUGGAUGAGAUGAUUCGAAGGACGGACUCACCUUUCACUACUGAAGUACUAAACCGACCCCUCCCACCAAAAUUCCAUCUCCCACAGUUGAAGUCGUAUAACGGUUCCAAGGAUCCCUUGAAUCACAUUGAAUCGUUCAAGACACUGAUGCUAUUGCAGAUAACCCCAAACGAGGUGAUGUGCAGAGCAUUCCCAACCACAUUGAAAGGAGCAACUAGAGUACGGUUUAGCAAGAUACCCCCAAGAACUAUUGCAAAUUUCGAACAACUUAGCAAGGGUUUUAUUCGUCAUUUCAUUAAGGGGCAAAGACACAAAAAGCCAACUAGCCAUCUUCUCAACAUUCAACAAGCAGAAGGAGAAUCACUAAGACAGUACAUUACCCGAUUCAAUAAGGAGCUACUGCAGGUAGAUGAAGCUAAAGAUCAAGUCAUCCUAACAACUUUCCAAGCAAGGUUGCUGCUUGGAGAUUUCUUCUUCUUAAUCACUAAAAGUCCACCAAAAACAGUUGCGAAGUUACUUCGAAAAGCUCAAAAGUACAUGAAUGUCCUUAUGCAGAUAAGGGACGAUCUCUCCCUUCAAUGGCCGAAACCAAUCAGUACUCCAGCAGAAAAAAAAGACAAGAACAAGUACUGUAGGUUCCAUCAGGACCAUGGGCAUCGCACCAACGAGUGUAUGCAUUCGAAAGACCAGGUGGAGACUUUAAUCUGGCAAGGGAAGUUACAGAAGUAUGUCAGGAAGACAGAGCCCCACAGAUACCAACAGAAGGACGAUCAAGAUAGAAAUCAGGGAGCAAGAGAUAGCAAACCUCCUGCAGCAGAGAUAAAGACAAUCUCGGGAGGACUAACAACAAGCAGAACACUGAAGUCCCUGAAAAAAGCCAAUGGGAGAGAAAUAGACAGUGUCCAUUCACGGCUUCCUCCAAUGAAGAUGCCAAAGAAUGACAAGCCUAAUAUUGUUUUCUCAGAGAGAAACGGUCGCGGCAUCAAGCAACCCUAUGACGAUCCACUAGUAAUCAUGCUCAAAGUAGAAGAAUUCAACAUCCACCAGGUGCUCAUUGGCAACGAAAGCUCAGCAAAUAUCAUUUACUUACCUGCGUUUCAGCAGAUGAAACUAGAUAAGAAAAAGAUCAGACCUUUCACCUCGCCUUUGGUAAGCUUCACAAGGGACAGAAUCGUCCCUAGGGGCAUCAUCACUCUAACUGUAAUUGCAGGAACUUACCCAGCACAGGCCACCAAGGAAAUUGAUUUCCUCAUAGUUGAUUGCCCUUCAACAUACAACAUUAUCUUAGAAAGACCUACACUAAAUACGCUAAAAGUUACUUGA